AUGACAGGGGCCGAGAGGCUGGCGGCCGCCUCAGAGGCCCAGCGGGAGGGGGGAGCGGGCGAGGGGCGGGGGGAGGAGAGGAGGCUCUUCGCUCACGUGACGCCCAGGGCGCCUCUGAGGAAAGCGGCCUCUCAAAAUGGCGGCGGCAGCGGCCUGCGGAGCAGCUUCCUCCGCCCGCGCCCUUCGACCCUGUACGAUCAUGGCGGCGGCCGGCUCCGUCAGCCGAGGCGGGAAGUGAGGUUUAGCGAGGAAGUGGUGGAGCUCUCGGCCGAUGGCGGCGGCCGGCCGGUGAGGAGGCAGAGGCGGGGCAGGAUGAGGGCAGAAGAGGAAGCCGCGGAGAGGAGCGAGGAAGCGCCGCGGGCUGCUGCGCCGUACGGGCUGCGCUCUGGACAGCGGUAUCCCCCGACGCCUUUCAGGAUGAAGGAGAGGGAGGAGGAGGAGGAGGGCCGGCGGCGGCUGGACUCGGCCAGUUCUUCGGAAGGUAAGGGGAGUCCUUCCCGAGCAUGGCUUCAGCAACAGGCCCGUGAAUUCCCCCCUCCUUACUUUGCAGAUGACUCUUCUCCAACCAGGCACCAAACAACCAGUAAACGCUCAAAUGGCCAGACACGUUUGCAAGCAGGGCACACAAGCAUUUUAGGAAUUGCAGAUGACUCUGAACUUAUUCGACCAUCUAUUAGAAGAAGUCCAAGGAUAGGAUAUUCUUAUGACCAAGGCAAGGAUUCCACACUGAACAAAUCAGAAGGAGCAGCAGCUAAACAGGAAGAUGGGAGGGACAGCAACUCAGAACUUAAAAAUACUGCUUAUAGUUAUCAAACGACUCCGAGAUACCAUUCAACGAAAGAAUCCCAAUCUUCUGUUCAGAAGCGAUAUGGAUUCGACCACAAGACAACCUUGAGAGAUAGAAUACCAACGGAGCCUCAGGUUCAAGCCAGCAUACUGAAGAAGCAUUCGGAAGCUGUUAAUAAAAGUUCUAGUGUACAGUCUGGGGGACACUCUGUGUUCUGGAUUCUGGUGUUGGCGGCAGCUUGCAUUGCUGCUGGUGGAUGGUAUAUUUUUUAUCCACUACCCCAUGCUGUGGAAACCAACAACCAAGCCCUGCUGGCAUUUCAGGCCCAGAUGAAAAAGCUCAUGAGCAGCUACCCGAGUCAGGACAGCAGGAUCUGGAAGAGAAUCCAGACCACCUUUGAGAAACGUCUCAACGUCUCGCAGCCUCAUUUGGAGCCUGCCAUCUUGUUGCUCACAGCCGCAAAAGAAGCGGAAGAUGCCCUGAAGUGUUUAAGCAACCAGAUUGCUGACGCCUUUUCCUCUUCUCAGAGCACUGCUACCAUCAGAAUCGACGGGACCGACAAAACCACUCAGGACAGCGAUACUGUGAAACUCGCUGUCGAUCAGGAACUGAGCUCCGGGUUCAAGGGAGGCAAGAAGGCAGCAGUGGUGCAUCGGUUUGAGUCCCUGCCAGCAGGCUCCACCCUGAUAUUUUACAAGUACUGUGACCACGAAAACGCAGCGUUUAAGGACGUGGCUCUACUCUUAACAGUUCUGCUGGAGGAGGAGUCGCUAGGAAGGGGCCUCUCCCUGCUGGAAGUUGAGGAGAAAGUGAAAGAUUUCCUCUCGGCUAAGUUUACUGAUUCACACAUGCCAAGUUCCUAUAACCACAUGGACACGGACAAGCUGAGCGGGCUGUGGAGUCGCAUAUCCCACCUGGUCUUGCCUGUGUGGCCUGAAAACACCCUUCCUCAGGAGAACUGCUUGCAGGUGAAAUAAAAAAAGCAGCAAAGCAAGGAGGAAGCAAUACGGUUAGGCAUCCAUUAGUGCCCCGGAUAGGAAGAGUGUUUUCAGCUCUUGCUUCUCUACUGUGUAAUGGCCAGUUUUCGAGUCAAAAUAGGGUUUAUUCCUUUCAAAAGGAGGAGCUGGAAGUGUUGCGCAAAGAACUUGUAGGUCAAGGCAUGUGUCCCAACAACUUUUGGAGCCUUCCUUCCAACUUGAGUAUGGAGAGCCAUGGGGGUUGGAGGAGGGCUUCUGAGGAAGGCAUCCCACUUUGCUGAGCUGGGUGUGACAGGAUAUUUGCUCAUGUGUUUGGUAUGCUGUCAUUCAAAAGGUCAUAGUCUUUGAAUGGGGGGGGGGGGAAGAAUUCUUGGUAACUUGGACAGUUCCAGCCAUGUGUACCUUGAUAUGAUUAGAUCACUCAGCUUCAAACAUCUUCUGGAGAAUAAUGUAACUAGGAACAGCAAGCUAGUGAAGGCUAAUAGAGCCCUGCACUCAUUUUCUAUCUCCCUUCCCUGGUGCAGCUGACUAGAAGAAAUCUCAGAAACAAAGCUUCAUGCAUCUAAGAAUAACACUUGUCAUUCCACCCCCCGCCCCACCUCCGGCACAUAAAUUGAAUAAGUUUCCUGUAACUGCAGAUUUUCAUAGUCGUUUCUGUGCUGGCUGAAUCCGAAUAGUUUAUUUGCAGUUAGGGAAGUGAAUUUAACCAACUCGUAUAAUCAUUUGAAGGAACAUUAUUCAGUGUCUCCAUAGGCAGUUGAGAGAGAUUGACUUUUCUCUCGACUCUGCUUAUAGAGACAUAUUUUGGAGCCUUGGAUUGGAUACUGAGUGACUAGAAGUACAACGUGCUUCAGUCUGAUGGGCCAUUGGCAGCCUACAUGACUGGUCAGCACAGGAGACACUGAGAGUAAAAAGAGGCAGCUUUUUCUUGAGGGCAUGUUUUGUGCUUCCUACAUUCGCUACAUUAAAAGUGCAAAGUUAAUGCCCAGAUGUGCCCCAGUCUUACUAAGGCUUGGACUGGAAAAGUGUCUGCUUUCUUGAUACCUUUUUCAAAAUUCAUUCAGUCUUAUACAAGAAGCUCUUUGGGCCUCUUGUGUUGUGGGAAUGUUCCUUGUAUGAAAGGAAAACAUGAGUGGAAGGGAUUCCCUGCUUUCCAUUAAGACUAGUUACUGUAAACACCAAGCCACCAAACUCCCUGCUCUUUCUGUUCUCUUCCCCCCCCCCCCCCAGACAUGAAAUUUUCUCUAUCAGUAUUACACUGGUUUAAAAGACAUGUGAGCGGUGAACAGAUUUUGAGAGCCUUGUUCAAAAGUAGCCUUGCAGCUUGCUAUAGGCGGUGUCAUCUUUCAGUAUUGUAUGAAUGUACGUAACUUUAAUGUGAAUUAUAAUAUAGAAACCUCAUAACUUUGCUUCCUGGCAGUUCAGUCAUCACUCAGCGUCAUUCGGCAUUCUGGGCUUACUGCAUUUUCAGGAGCUUAUAAAAGCGGCUCUUUGCAUUUUGGAAGCAUGUUGUCAGAGCAGUUGCCCUUUGGGAAGCAUAUUAUCCUUUCUCCCCAGAUUCCUUUGCUAUAAAUGUGACUUAAUAGUAGAACUCAGUCUGUCUCAUAAAGCACUGGAAAGAAGUCUUGGCUACGUUCAGAAGAAUUUUUCUUAGUUUAAAGUGGUUUGCAUGUAGUCCCAUCUGCACAUUCCUUACCGAUAGCCAAUAGAAAUGCUUCGUUUGAUUACCUUUAAGCAGGCCUUCACACUUUGAAGAACGGAGUUCUAGGCCUUACCACUUAGGCAGUGAAGACCAUCAGGGUGUGGCAAUGUGGUAGCAGCUAUGACAUGGGGAAAUGAACUGUUUUAUAUAUAUACGAGAAGAUUUUAAAUCUCUGUCAUAGUCGUGCCAGACGAAUGCUUUUUAAUAAUGCUUGAUGUAUCAUCUGAAAAUUAUCAAGGAGCAAAUAACUGGAUGGAGAAAGCUAUUUUAAUAAUCAUUAAAUAAAUGUAGGUUUAUAGUAA